AUGCUGGUUGAAAUGGUGAUCUUCAACCAGGAAGGGGGCAACUUGAACACCUUCAACCCGCCGAUGGCCCCCAACCCUUUGCUCCGCUAUGACGUGGUUAGUGUGAAGAACUAUAUUCCGAAGAUUUUCAAAAAUACGGCUCACAUUUUGGAAAGAAACUGAUAUUAUUAUCAGCUUGUCAUAGUUCACAUUCAGAAUAAAAUGUAAUACGAUUCGAAGAAACAAAUUUAAUCCAAUCAGUUAUCAAAUGAAAACCAGCAGAAACUCAAACUUUUUGUUUCAGUGAUGCUGGUUGAAAUGGUGAUCUUCAACCAGGAAGGGGGCAACUUGAACACCUUCAACCCGCCGAUGGCCCCCAACCCUUUGCUCCGCUAUGACGUGGUUAGUGUGAAGAACUAUAUUCCGAAGAUUUUUAAAAAAGUACGGCUCACAUUUUUGGAAAGAAAACUGAUAGUAUUAUCAGCUUGUCAUAGUUCACAUUUAGAAUAAAAAUGUAAUACGAUUUGAAGAAACAAAUUUAAUCCAAUCAAUUAUCAAAUGAAAACCAGCAGAAACUCAAACUUUUUGUUUCAGUGAUGCUGGUUGAAAUGGUGAUCUUCAACCAGGAAGGGGCCAACUUGAACACCUUCAACCCGCAGAUGGCCCCCAACCCUUUGCUCCGCUAUGACGUGGUUAGUGUGAAGAAUUAUAUUCCGAAGAUUUUUUUCAAAAAGUACGGCUUACAUUUUGGAAAAGAAAACUGAUAGUAUUAUCAGCUUGUCAUAGUUCACAUUUAGAAUAAAAUGUAAUACGAAUCGAAGAAACAAAUUUAAUCCAAUCAGUUAUCAAAUGAAAACCAGCAGGAACUCAAACUUUUUGUUUCAGUGAUGCUGGUUGAAAUGGUGAUCUUCAACCAGGAAGAGGCCAACUUGAACACCUUCAACCCGCAGAUGGCCCCCAACCCUUUGCUCCGCUAUGACGUGGUUAGUGUGAAGAACUAUAUUCCGAAGAUUUUCAAAAAGUACGGCUCACAUUUUGGAAAGAAAACUGAUAGUAUUAUCAGCUUGUCAUAGUUCACAUUUAGAAUAAAAUGUAAUACGAUUUGAAGAAACAAAUUUAAUCCAAUCAGUUAUCAAAUGAAAACCAGCAGAAACUCAAAAUUUUUGUUUCAGUGAUGCUGGUUGAAAUGGUGAUCUUCAACCAGGAAGAGGCCAACUUGAACACCUUCAACCCGCAGAUGGCCCCCAACCCUUUGCUCCGCUAUGACGUGGUUAGUGUGAAGAAUUAUAUUCCGAAGAUUUUUCAAAAAGUACGGCUUACAUUUUGGAAAGAAAACUGAUAGUAUUUAUCAGCUUGUCAUAGUUCACAUUUAGAAUAAAAUGUAAUACGAUUUGAAGAAACAAAUUUAAUCCAAUCAAUUAUCAAAUGAAAACCAGCAGAAACUCAAAAAUCUUUUUGUUUCAGUGAUGCUGGUUGAAAUGGUGAUCUUCAACCAGGAAGAGGCCAACUUGAACACCUUCAACCCGCAGAUGGCCCCCAACCCUUUGCUCCGCUAUGACGUGGUUAGUGUGAAGAAUUAAAUUCCGAAGAUUUUUAAAAGUACGGCUUACAUUUUGGAAAGAAACUGAUAGUAUUAUCAGCUUGUCAUAGUUCACAUUUAGAAUAAAAUGUAAUACGAUUUGAAGAAACAAAUUUAAUCCAAUCAGUUAUCAAAUGAAAACCAGCAGAAACUCAAACUUUUUGUUUCAGUGAUGCUGGUUGAAAUGGUGAUCUUCAACCAGGAAGAGGCCAACUUGAACACCUUCAACCCGCAGAUGGCCCCCAACCCUUUGCUCCGCUAUGACGUGGUUAGUGUGAAGAAUUAAAUUCCGAAGAUUUUUAAAAGUACGGCUUACAUUUUGGAAAGAAACUGAUAGUAUUAUCAGCUUGUCAUAGUUCACAUUUAGAAUAAAAUGUAAUACGAUUUGAAGAAACAAAUUUAAUCCAAUCAGUUAUCAAAUGAAAACCAGCAGAAACUCAAACUUUUUGUUUCAGUGAUGCUGGUUGAAAUGGUGAUCUUCAACCAGGAAGAGGCCAACUUGAACACCUUCAACCCGCAGAUGGCCCCCAACCCUUUGCUCCGCUAUGACGUGGUUAGUGUGAAGAAUUAUAUUCCGAAGAUUUUUCAAAAAGUACGGCUUACAUUUUUGGAAAGAAAACUGAUAGUAUUUUUCAGCUUGUCAUAGUUCACAUUUAGAAUAAAAAUGUAAUACGAUUUGAAGAAACAAAUUUAAUCCAAUCAAUUAUCAAAUGAAAAACCAGCAGAAACUCAAAAUCUUUUUGUUUCAGUGAUGCUGGUUGAAAUGGUGAUCUUCAACCAGGAAGAGGCCAACUUGAACACCUUCAACCCGCAGAUGGCCCCCCAACCCUUUGCUCCGCUAUGA